AUGACUGGAAGUUCGGAUCGGGCGAGGGAUGGUAUAUUAGAUCAACCAAAAAAGUCCUCACGAGAUCUCCAAAUGUGGGCUUGCCAAUCACCCCAGCAAAGAAAAAGAAGAAGAGAACAAUCUGUCGGGGCGGUUCCACCUCCUCCUUCGUGUUUCUCUUCUUCAUCUGGAGCUUGCAAAACGGCCCCCAAAGAGUCGCACCUUCCCCCCACCCCCGGCCUUCCCGGCAAAGGUGACGAGCAUGAGUGA